AGGAAGCCGGAAACGAAAGGGAAGCUGGGCGGCGAGGGAGAGCAGAGCGGGCUUCGGGGCAGGGGAGGAGGCCGCCGACCGCGGGGGGCUGCUCGGCUGAAGGAGCCGGAGGAGGUAAAGCCGCGCGCCUUCUCUUGGCCCGUCAGGGCGGCAUAAAGAUUUUACUAUUUGGGAGCAAAUAUGCAGAGCACAUCAAAUUAUCUGUGGCUUCUAUCAGACAUCCUGGGACAAGGAGCUACUGCAAAUGUUUUUCGUGGACGACACAAGAAAACUGGAGACUUGUAUGCUGUCAAAGUAUUUAAUAACUUCAGCUUCCUUCGUCCGGUGGAUGUUCAGAUGAGGGAAUUUGAAGUGUUAAAGAAACUAAAUCAUAAGAACAUCGUCAAAUUAUUUGCCAUAGAAGAGGAGACAACAUCUAGACAUAAAGUCCUUGUUAUGGAAUUUUGUCCAUGUGGCAGUUUAUACACAGUUUUGGAAGAGCCGUCUAAUGCUUAUGGAUUGCCAGAAACAGAAUUUUUAAUUGUUUUGAGAGAUGUUGUGGCUGGUAUGAACCAUCUUCGAGAAAAUGGAAUAGUACAUCGUGACAUCAAGCCAGGCAAUAUAAUGCGUGUUAUAGGUGAAGAUGGUCAAUCAGUUUAUAAACUGACAGAUUUUGGGGCUGCUAGAGAGUUGGAUGAUGAUGAACAGUUUGUCUCUCUCUAUGGAACAGAAGAAUAUUUGCAUCCUGACAUGUAUGAGCGAGCAGUAUUACGGAAGGACCAUCAAAAGAAGUAUGGAGCAACAGUUGACUUGUGGAGCAUUGGAGUGACCUUUUAUCAUGCUGCAACUGGAAGUCUACCAUUUCGACCUUUUGAAGGUCCACGCAGAAAUAAGGAAGUGAUGUAUAAAAUUAUAACAGGAAAACCUUCUGGUGCAAUAUCUGGAGUACAGAAAGCAGAAAAUGGUCCCAUUGAAUGGAAUUGUGAUAUGCCUAUUUCCUGUAGUCUUUCUAAGGGAUUGCAGGUACUUCUUACACCUGUCCUUGCAAAUAUUCUUGAAGCAGAUCAAGAAAAAUGUUGGGGAUUUGAUCAGUUUUUUGCAGAGACAAGUGACAUACUGCAUCGGAUAAUUAUUCAUGUCUUCUCUCUUCAACAAAUGACUGCACACAAAAUUUAUAUUCACAAUCAUAAUAAUGCUACCAUAUUUAAUGAACUUGUCUACAAACAAACAAAAAUACCUUCACACAAUCAAGAAUUGAUAUAUGAAGGACGGCGUUUAGUGCUGGAACCUAACAGACUGGCACAAGCUUUCCCUAAAACCACAGAGGAAAAUCCUAUAAUUGUAGAAACCAGAGAAGCUGUAAACGUCAUAGGAUUACUCUAUGAAGAAAUUUUGCUUCCUAAGGUUCAUCAACGUUAUGACUUGGAUAGCGAUGUAAGUAUGGCAAAAGCAGUAACAGGGGUUGUAUGUUACGCCUGUAGAAUUGCCCGAGCCUUACUGCUUUAUCAAGAGCUCCUGCGAAAAGGAAUCAGGUGGCUAAUUGAGCUCAUCAAAGAAGAAUACAAUGAAACAUUUCACAAAAAGACAGAGGUUGUUAUCAAGCUGGACUGUUGCAAUAGAAAUACAGAAAAAGCUAUGAAAAUAUACCAAAAUCUGGCACCAUCAGAAGUGGAUGCGAUCUCAGAUAUACACACAAAACUCUUACGGCUUUCUAGUUCUCAGGGAACAAUAGAGACUACUCUUCAGGAUAUCAAAAACAAACUUUCUCCUAGUGGUUUACUAUCUGAUAGCUGGACCAACCAUGAUGGCACACAUCCAAAAGAUAGAAACCCAGAAAGGUUGCAAGUCCUAUUGACUUCCAUAACAGAUAUUUAUUAUCAAUUCAAAAAAGACAAAGCAGAAAGAAGACUUCCUUAUAACGAAGAACAAAUUCACAAAUUUGACAAGCAAAAACUAUUUUUGCAUGCCACAAAAGCUAUGACUCUGUUCAAGGAUGAAUGUGUCAACAAAUAUGAAACCUUCUUAGACAAGGCAGAGGAUUGGAUGAGAAAGAUGCUUCUUCUAAGGAAACAGUUACUAGCUCUUAGAAAACUAUGCUUUGAUAUUGAAGAAGAAGUGUCCAAAUACCAGGACUAUAUAAAUGAGUUAGAUGAAAUAUUGCCCCAUAAGAUGUUUGCUGCUUCCAGUGGGAUCAAACAUACAUUUAAUCCAGUUUAUCCAAGUUCAAACACCUUGGUGGAAAUGACUCUUGGUAUGAAGAAACUGAAAGAAGAAAUGGAAGGUGUUGUUAAAGAACUAGCUGAAAAUAAUCAUCUUUUAGAAAGGUUUGGUGCUUUGACAAUGGAUGGUGGCCCACGAAAUGUAGAUUGUAUGUAGCUAUAUAUUUACCAUUAUAGCUUUAUUGACUUUGCACAGCAAGAACAUUUAUAUGCAAAAAGAAUAUUCUCUUUUUGCAUUUCCCUCAGUAUUUAACAGAAAUAUGUAAAUAUGUAUAUACUGUAAAUAUGUAGACUUUAAUUUUUGGUAAUGUUAAAAGUAGUUUUAACAUUUUCCAUAACAUCAAGAUUUUUCCCUGUAUAAAUAUGUGUAGCAGCAUAUUGUGGUGAUUCUGAGUACACUGACAUAAUUUUCAAAGUUCUUACUUCAUUUUUGUAAGUGUUACCGGAAAAAUUGUGGCCUUUUGAACUAUCAUGUUCUUUAAAAAAUGAUGAAAGUUUCCUUUGAAUAAUCUCAAUAAAAUCUUAAUAUGAUAAUCUAGAAUUUCCCAUUUUAUUGUGAAUAUACAUUUGUCAGAAAUAUUUGACAGAAAUAUUUUUGGAUUUUUAAAUCAUUCCCAUUCUAGAUGUGUUGAUAUUUAAUUAAAAUUGAAAUUUUUCUAAUUGGCACUUAGAGCUAAAUUCAGCCUUCAUUUGCUAAAUUGCUAAUUUGCUAAAUCGCAAGUGAAUUGCAAACUUGAAACCCUUUAAAAUUAUUUUCUUUAAAACAACACUAUUUCAAAUUCAGUGAAUCAUGAUAAUUUUUAUUGUUAAAAAGGUUGUAUGUGGUUUUAAAUAUAAUUUUAAAUCCUAGCCCUAACAUUAUAAUAUGCAGAUUCAUAAUAAACAACUUUGGUACAGAGAAUAUAUUGAUUCCGAUCAUUCAAACAUUCUAAUAAAAUAUUAGAAAAUUGUUUCCUUUUUUAUUAUAGUCAUACAGGUAAACUUAUAAUGACAAUUGAGUAUAGAAUUUUAGUUAUAAGUUAUUGCAGUCAUAGGUCUAACAACCAGAUUCAAUUUUUAUGUCUUUAUGAUGAUUGUUAAAUGAAACACUGCGAUCAUUAAGUAAGUGGUGCAGUUGUUAAGUGAAUGAUUUGGUUGUAAAUCUAAAUCCAAUUUAUCAAAAACCAUCACAAAACUUAUUCAUGUGACUGCAGGAUGCUGAAACUGGUUGUCAAUGCUCCUGAUCAUGUGACUAAGAGUGGUGGGGCAGUUAUAACUUCAAGGACAGAUUACAAGUAACUGUUUUCAAGUUCAUUAUAACUUAACAGUUGUUAAGCAACUGGUUGUAAGUCAAGAACUACCUGUAUUAAGAUUUCAUCAGCUUAAAUAAAACAGAAGUUACAGAA